GCUCGCUUCGAAUUUUCAUGGCUUCACCUCCUCCUUCUUCUUCUUCAGCAGCACGGUAAGGUCUAGGGUUUAUGCUUGCAGACUGAAUCGAGGAGCAAAUCGGAGCAAACUCAUAGUCGGAAGAGAAUGCUGUUCGUCGUGGGGCUGGGCUUAGGCGACGAAAAGGACAUCACGCUGAAAGGACUCGAAGCAGUCCGAAGAUGCGACAAGGUUUACAUGGAGGCUUACACUUCUCUCCUCUCCUUCGGCCUCUCCUCCGACGGUCUCUCCACUCUGGAGAAGCUGUACGGAAAACCAAUCACAGUUGCAGACAGGGAGAUGGUGGAAGAGAAGGCUGACGUGUUCCUGUCGGAAGCUCGCGAGUCUGACGUUGCUUUUCUGGUCGUGGGGGACCCUUUUGGAGCUACUACGCAUACGGAUCUUGUUGUUAGGGCGAAGAAAGCUGGGAUCGAUGUCAGGGUGGUCCACAAUGCUUCAGUGAUGAAUGCUGUAGGAGCCUGUGGGUUGCAGCUUUAUCGCUAUGGAGAAACAAUUUCGAUACCAUUCUUUACGGAGACUUGGAGACCGUAUAGCUUUUAUGAAAAGAUUAAAAAGAACCGGGAUCUUGGUCUGCACACACUCUGCUUGUUAGAUAUACGCGUGAAGGAACCUUCCUUGGAAUCUCUGUGCAGAGGGAAAAAGCAGUAUGAACCACCGAGAUUUAUGUCGAUAAACACUGCAAUCGAACAACUCUUGGAGGUUGAGGAAAAAUCCGGAGAAAGUGUUUAUGGUGAAGAUACGGAGUGCGUUGGGCUAGCGAGGUUGGGAAGCGAGGACCAGAUGAUAGUUGCAGGACCCAUGAAGCAACUGCUGAAUGUGGACUUUGGAGCGCCCCUGCAUUGCCUGGUCAUAGCUGGUGAGACCCAUCCAUUGGAACAGGAAAUGCUAGAAUUUUACCGACUUAAAGAAGGAUCAGAUCACAAAGAAAAUGGAACUGCUUAGAUGUUCUGUUAUCAGAUGAAAGGCCCAUUAAAGGACUGACCGAGGCUGAGCUUAUUCUAACGUUUCCUUAGUUUCACUGAUCGGAUAAAGAUCCAAGUGGAGCUUUACAUUGCAUUUUUGUGCUUGGAGGCUAGAGAUGAGCAUUUUCUCAGCUCCCAAAAAGAAAGCUUCAUCAAGCAUCAGUCCAUAGUUAAGAGCGAAUUGUAGUAUGUAUUUCAAUCUUAUGAAAGGCUUCAUUAUUGUUGUAUGUAAUAUUUAUUCUAUACGAGCCUGAGUCGGCAUUUUUGGGUAACUCGGCGUGUCACGGAAGUUGUGAUUGUAACAUAAGGGUAAUUGUUUGGGGCAGACCAAUUCCAUAGCAUGGGAUCUAAACAUUUGAACACGUUUGCCCUGCUGAGAUUAAUGAUCUUCACGUUUCCGUUUA